CGACGAUUCCGCGCAUGAUUUUCCCUCUCCUCUCAUUUUAUUCUAACCUACAAAGUCCACUUUCUCGUCAUCGUUCGGUGAAAUCACGAAGAGGUUAAGUUGUCGAUUUUCUCGAGGAGUUACGCGGGCGGAAAACGAUAUUCGACACGUUAUCAUUUAACAACAACUUACGAGUAGGAAUAUUCCAGUAAACGAUGAACAUGGCUGCGAGCGCAGGCCUCACCCGGCAGGAUAUGCUAAUGCUUGUAGCGAGAUUGACAUGUGUCGCAGCUAUUGGCUUCUUCAGCGUAAGAUGGCUCAUCACUCAACUCGAUCCUACCAGAAGUACUAAACAAAGAGCCAAAAAGAAGGCUCGAGAGCAGUUACGUAAGUUAGCGGAAAGCGACAGAUAUGCGAGAUCUUUUGAUAUGGAUCAGCUGACAGAUUACGAGAUGAUAAUAGCUAAUCAUCUGGUGGAUCCAAAUGACAUCAAAAUAUCAUGGAACAACAUUGCGGGACUGGACAGUGUUAUUCAAGAGCUUAAAGAAACAGUCAUAUUACCUAUACAGAGGAAGGAAUUGUUUGAGGAUUCACAACUGACUCAAGCGCCUAAGGGAGUAUUGUUAUAUGGUCCACCAGGUUGUGGAAAAACUAUGAUUGCCAAAGCUACUGCCCGGGAAGCAAAAACACGCUUUAUAAAUCUCGAUGUGAGCAUCUUAACUGAUAAGUGGUAUGGAGAAAGUCAGAAGCUGGCUGCUGCCGUGUUUUCGUUGGCUGUAAAACUACAGCCUUGCAUUAUCUUUAUUGAUGAAAUAGAUUCAUUUUUGAGAGCACGCAAUUCACAAGAUCAUGAGGCUACUGCGAUGAUGAAGGCUCAAUUUAUGUCACUAUGGGAUGGCUUGAUAACCGAUCCCGAUUGUACCGUGAUUAUAAUGGGAGCCACGAAUAGGCCACAGGAUUUAGAUAAAGCUAUUUUGCGACGUAUGCCGGCGACUUUCCAUGUUGGUUUGCCGACUGAGGAACAACGAUUAAAAGUCCUGCAAUUGAUUUUGAAAAACGAGCCAACUGCGGAUAAUGUUGAAAUUGCAACGUUAGCAAAACAUACGGAAGGCUUUUCCGGAUCGGAUUUGCAAGAACUUUGUCGUAACGCGUCCAUCUAUCGUAUUAGGGAUUACUUAUAUUCGCAGGAUACAAACAAGUACGAGAAUAGUGAAGAAGAAGAAUAUGACGAAGAGUUUCAUGACACUGUACGACCCAUUACAAUGGAAGAUCUGCUUAAGUCAUUCAGAAAGAUGAGAACGUCGAAACUGCACACGGGUACGCUCGGCGCGCGGCAACUGGAUUUAGAUUAAAGUAAGAAAUUUAUUUUUUGUUAGUUUGUCUGUGACUGUUUUUCUCAACAGUCAUUCAUGUGUUGCAUAGACAUUACGACAAUGAUGAAAAUGAAAUCUUUUUUCAUCUUAAAACUAUACUCUUCAGUAUUGUCGAAGAGUGGUUUUCUUGUCGCAAAUAUUGAAAAAUUUUUAUGGAGAUAUUAUUUAUGGAGAGAUUAAAAAAUAGCACUUAUCUUCACAGAGUCUUUAUAAUUCCAUAGUAAAAAAGACAUUAUAGAAAGAAAUUUUAUAAUGAGAUGAAAUGAAAUUUCUCUUAAUAUCAUAAUGUUGCAUGUAUAGCGACGAUAUAUGACAAAAGUUUCAUGUAAUUUACUCAUUUCCAAAU